AGUCAGGGCUUUGUCAGCUUCUGACAAGCAGAAAGAACAAAUGUGGUUUCUUGGGAUUGCAACUUGGUCUCACAGUGGCUUAGGCCAGGGAGGGAGCAGUGGACAGAGUCACAAAAGAAAUUUUUAGUAGCAUUCACAGGUGGGUACUGGAUUAGAUGCAGGGCUAAGGGUAGGGGAGGAAGCCUGGGUAAUGGAAGGCUGGGGGGCCAAUGGAGUACUGGGAACCCUGGAAGGCCAGGUCUUGAAGGCCAGGUCUUGGGGAGAGCUAGGAGGUUGUGAAUUUGGACUUGGAUGCUUGUUGAAGUUGAUGCACCUUGGGGACAUUUGUGGGACACACAGAUAGGGUCAGGGCUGAAAAAAGUGCUGGUUAUGACCUGGGUCAGGGAAUCUUGCCUGUAAUCCCAGCAACCCAGGAGGAUGAGACAGGAGGAACUCUUGAGGCCAAAAUUUCGAGGCCAGAAGUUCGAGACGAGCAUGGGCAACACAGCAAGACCUUGUCUCUAGAAAAGGAAAGAAAGAACGGCUGGUUGUGGAAGCCAGCCAUGGCCCAGAGCUCAGCAGUGUAGGAGGAGAUGGUGCGGGCCUGGGAAAGGCAGCAGGCUCAGCUGGAGAGGCAGAAGGAAAACCAAGGCAGGAGGGUGUCCUGUAAGCUGGGAGAAGGCAGAGUGCGAGCGAGGCUUACUUUCUGGCUGAGGGGCCUAUGGUGAGUCACUUUGGGAAGCUUGGUUUUCUCCUCUGUGAAAUGGGCUACACACCCACCCUUGCUCACCUCACCCACCUCACCCCCCUCACCCCGUCGACGUCGAGUGAGGAGCAGCUGUGAGAAGGAGGAAGCUUUGCACGGACGUGAGGACGGCUCCGGGCGCCUCUCCCCCGGGGACACCCCCGAGGAGAUGGAACCCCGAGGGCACGGCGUGGCGGUCUGUGCGGGCCGCUCGCGUUAGGACCCAGAGGCUCUGGGGCUGGAGGGCGGGCGCCAGCCCCGUCGGGGGCCCGGAGGGGGACUCGGAGCGGGCCAAGGGGCGGCUCCGGCGGGCGGACUCGGAGCGGGCGGCGGAGUGACCCGGACAGGGUGAAAUCAGGGGAUCAAAGGUCAGCUCUGCUGUCCUGGGUGCAGCCCUGGGUAGACCUCCCACCGGUCUUUCCCCAGCUGUCCUCUCUGACACCACUCCGGCCUGCCUCUUCGUUGCCAUGAGAGCUGCCUACCUCUUCCUGCUAUUCCUGCCUGCAGGCUUGCUGGCUCAGGGCCAGUACGACCUGGACCCGCUGCCGCCGUUCCCUGACCACGUCCAGUACACCCACUAUAGCGACCAGAUCGACAACCCAGACUACUAUGAUUAUCAAGAGGUGACUCCUCGGCCCUCCGAGGAACAGUUCCAGUUCCAGUCCCAGCAGCAAGUCCAACAGGAAGUCAUCCCAGCCCCAACCCCAGAACCAGGAAAUGCGGAGGCGGAGCCCACAGAGCCUGGGCCUCUUGACUGCCGUGAGGAACAGUACCCGUGCACCCGCCUCUACUCCAUACACAAGCCGUGCAAACAGUGUAUCAACGAGGUCUGCUUCUACAGCCUCCGCCGUGUGUACGUCGUUAACAAGGAGAUCUGUGUCCGUACAGUGUGUGCCCACGAGGAGCUCCUCCGAGCUGACCUGUGUCGGGACAAGUUCUCCAAAUGUGGCGUGAUGGCCAGCAGCGGCCUGUGCCAAUCCGUGGCGGCCUCCUGUGCCAGGAGCUGUGGGGGCUGCUAGGGUGGUGCUGGCAUCCGGAGUUCUGGCCCUUCUGGGAUCUGGGGCCCUCGGGCCCUGCCUGACCUGGUGCUUUUUCCCCCAUCCCCAUGUUCCUUUUAUUCUGUAAAAAGUUAGUGGACUGCAGCCCUGGGGGUUGCAGGCUGCGGUGCCUCAGGCCACUCCUUCAGCCUGUGGCCACCUCUGGGGCAUGAUGGGGGCUCCCCACUGCCUAGUCUCUGCCCCUCAGGUUGGGGGGGCAUCCCAGGCCUCUCUGUGGGACCUUGGCCCCUGACGGGCCUUCUCAGCCCCUUUUGAGGACAGACAGUCCCCCCUUCACAGUCCCCUGAGGUAGGCUACGUCCCCCCACCCCAGCUGGUCUGCUUGGAUUUCCUACAGCCCCCCUGGGCAUGGACCACCUUUAUUUUAUACAAAAUUAAAAACAGUUUUUACAAAA